AUGUUACCAGUGCUUCGCUCUCAUGCGCUACGGCCUAGCCGUACACUGAUACAUCGGACAGUGCGUUUCUCACGAAGACACAACGGCGUCCCAAACAAUAAUGGUCCACACACGACAUACUUCCAACCACCCCUUGAGCCGCCAAAGACUCGAUGGGGGCGAAUCACAAUCGCGGGACUCUUACUUGUGAGCUCAGGCUUCCUAGGUGGCGUCUGGAUCUCAGCAAAGGCUCUCACAGCUAAGAACCUGGGCGCCGAGCUGCAAGAUCUCGCCGAAGAUGCUGCAGCUCUCGAGGACGCCAUGGCGGAAGCUGUGCAUGCGGCAGCAGCCAAAGGUGUUCCGCCAAUGGAUCUGGAACGUUCGCAGGAGAUGCUGGAGACCCGCGCUGGAUACUCGGUCAACCACAAGGUAGUCGCCCACACAGCACAACUACCCAGUAACCUUCCUUGCGAGGAUCAAUGGUCAUGUGGCGCGUUUGAUCUCUAUCACGACCCCAAAAAGGACUGGGCCGAAUUCGCUAUCUUUGACGGUCAUGCUGGGCCACGAAUGGCUAUGUUGCUAAGGGAUUGGCUACCCGGUACCAUCGGCCAAACAAUGUGGAGCGAGAACUGUUUCGGCCGUCCAUAUGUACCAAAUGAUCCUCACAUCAUCAAGACGAUCAAGAAUAUCUUCUACUCAUUCGAUAACGAUCUUGUCGAGACUGGCCUACGGCAUAUCAGAGACGGUAUGCCAGAUCGAGCAGCUGUUGUUGCCGCUGCUGCCGCUGCUUUCUCCGGCUCCUGCGCUCUUCUGGCCCUCUACGACCCAGCGAAAGAUGUCCUACGAGUGGCAAACGUAGGUGACUCACGUGCAGUGCUCGGACGAUGGGAUGGUCAACAGAACAAGUAUAUCGCACAAGCCAUGUCCAUCGACCAAACAGGAUUCAACCAAGACGAAGUCAAACGCAUCAACGCCGACCACCCAGACGAAGAGGUUAUCGACCACAAAACCGGCCGCAUUCAUGGCCUGGCAGUCUCCCGUGCCUUUGGCGACGCACGAUGGAAAUGGCCGCAAGACAUCUCCCGUCGCGCACAUGAAUUAUUCUGGGGACCAAAUCCACGACCAGAUGCUAAAAUCCUCACUCCACCAUAUCUUACAGCCGAGCCCGAAAUAAUGGAGACCAAGGUCCGAACGGGAGAUAAACCUGACUUCCUGAUCAUGGCUUCCGACGGCCUGUGGGACCAGAUGAGCAACGAUGACGCCGUGAUAUGCGUGCAGAUGUGGUUGGACAAGAACAAACCAACCGACUUCGCUACCAAAGCUGCAGAGGCAGCGAAGGGAGCGGCGAUCAAUCCUUUCCGCGGCAGCGCACCAGCUCAAGCUACUGCUUCUCUACCUGGCCUCUUCGAGAAUCGCAGACCCGGUUUCACCUCACCCACCGACCUAGACGCUGGGUCCGAGGACGAAGAAGUCUACUACGACGCCGACGAACGCACGUUGAAGUGGAAAGUCAGCCCCAAGCACUUCGUUGUCGAAGACGAGAAUUGUGGUAUCCAUCUGAUCAAGAAUGCGCUUGGAGGGAGGAGACGGGAUUUGUUCAUGGGUGUCAUGAGCGUGCAGCCGCCGCUGUCGAGGAACGUUAGGGACGAUAUUACUGUGCAUGUCAUUUUCUUUGGGCAGGAUGCUGAUCUCAAGUUCCUUGAGGGUGCAGGUGUGGGUCGCAAGUAG